UCCAUAAUUCAACACAAAACUCACUAUAGUUGUUGGAGUUUCCAACCAAGAGAGACAGACCUACUACAUUUGGUAAUUAGUUUUUCAUUGCUGGAAUUGAAGGGAUAUGUAGCCCCACUGCUACAAGUACAUAACUCUCAGAUAUGGUAUUUCUUAUGGGUCAGUUAUAAUCUGAAACAAAAGCUUCCUUGUUCAAAUGAAGCUUUUGUCCUGCCCUUUGAUGCCCCUUUUGCUUGCUCACCGUUACCUUCACACAGCAAUGGAACCUUCCUUCCUUCGGCAAUAGGAGAUGCGUGCGGGGAGCUGUUGCAGAGAAAGUUCGAUGCAGGAGGAGUGAGGCCCUACUCAGCUUAAUGUUUUGUCUCUCUCCACCCACCACUCUGGACAUUUCUCACUGUCCACAGGUGAUCUGGGUGUUUCUAUUGUGUGGUCGUAACGUUACUUGAUGUGAGAGGAGGGAAAGCCAGUGUGCGCUCAUAUCCCGUCAUGGUCUUUCCAUGCUCCCAUAAAAUGAGUUUUUUCCUGCAAUCUGAUGGAAGCUUCUGUUGAGGAUGUGUGUGCCAAUGCAAAUCGACCAGCAUUACGUGUGUGACAGAGGUGUCUCUGACUCAGGGAAACUUGUGGAGCCCAGGUCACACAGAUCCUUGCAGGAGAAUGGCCCUCUGCAUGAUCUCCGUGCUGAGUUCAUUGCCAUCCAUGACUUUGCUCAAUUGCCUCCUCAGCUUCAGAGCCUACCUUCCACCUUCCUGUAAUCUUCGACCUCUAUGCACAGAAACCGGCUCAGCCAUCACGUCCCCACAAAUACUCCGAGCUAGGAGACACACAUCUCAGAAGGGCUCUGUCCCUCACUGAAUUUCGACAGCCCUAGUUCUUACGUGAAUGAAAUCCUUCUCACUGAUAAACCUCCCUUCUCUGUCCAUUCUCAAUCACCUGUCUUGUCAUUGUUAUCAGGCCAUCAGGCUUGCCAAAAAGAAACGUUGAUUUUUACAGGAGAGUAUACUUAGUGCGUGUGAAUUUGAGUCGAGUAGAUAUUUGCAUCACAUGUUGCUCUGCUCUUAUUUGACUCAUUGACUGCCCUGGACCCCUUUUACUGACCUACUGUUCCAUUUCAUUUCUGUUGUCUCAUAUGGCAUUACAAUUUGUAUUAUCCAUGUCAGUGUGUUAUGUAUUCAUGAGGGAAAAUAGUAAUAAGGACCUUCAUGACCAAUGUACUAUGUUUGUGACACUUCAAAUCCUAGGUCUAGUCUCAUCCCAUUGACUGCUUCUACCACUCUGUCCUCUAUUGGAAUGUCAUAUUAUACAACUUAUGGUAUUCAGAUUCCAAUGAAUUCUUAGCUGAUCUUUAUUCAUAUACUCUCUCUGGGUACAGUCUGUUCAUUUCCUUUGUAAAAAAAUGAAGAAAAUCAUUCAUUUUUUUCAUUGAAUAUUCUGUCCCUUGAAGAGAGAGAUCUUGCCAGGGGUCUACUCCAGGCAGAACUCAGCCUGUUCCUUUCAGGGGCUCAGACAACCCAAGCUCAUACCUGGGUUGCUCGGGACCCACCAGUGUUACACAUACAGGUGAUGUAGGGACCCUGAAACAUUGGGACCCAUAGUCAAGGCCUCUGGAAUCUUGCAACACCGCAGAUAUCUCUGAGACCUCUGAAGACACAAAGCCUCAUCACCUUGGGUGCCACAUCAUUUGCUGUAAUGAGGCUUAAUCCUAGGAUACGUUCGAAUUGACAGCAAAUUCAAGCCACGCGUGCUGCAUACUCGAGUCUGCUCUCUUCCGGGAAUCAUUCCUUCAAAAGGUUCUCCAGGCCAAUGAACUUUCUCGGUCCCCCCAGCAGGAAGUCUCCACAGAGGAAAUCAAUUGUGCACAAGCAUGGUGCUCUGUACGUAUGUGUUCUUUCAUUCACACAUGCAUGGCUGAAAGUAAUUCCCUUCCAUCUAGACUGUGCUACACAGUCACUGGACUAAGUAGCCUCUGAACAACCAGACAGGCACUCAUAAUUGUGGCACUAGAGAGUAGAGAGGCUAAUGGCAGCUCAUAGGCUCUGUCUUUCCAAACAACUAUGAUCAUUGCUCAAAGCAGAGGCGCAUAACUCAGCAGAGCCUUUUCUAGAAUCUUUGGCCAAGACUUUGCACCCGUGACGCUGGGACAUAACUUCAGUUGAGGGAGGGAGAGAGGGAUGGAAGCCAAAUCUUGUGACCUACACGUGUGGCUGUGGGCAGGACCAGGAAGGAUCUCUGGGUACAAAUGACCCUGCGCUGCCCAGGCUCCUGAGUCCAGCUGCUGACUGCUCAUCCCUUGCGCAAGCUCACAGCUCCCAGCCACAAACACCAUGAAGCUGUCCCUGUGUGCCCUGCUGGUCGCUCUGGCCCUUUGCUGCUACCAGACUGACGCAGCCAUAAUUUGCCCAGCCCUUGCGGGACAACUGAGUACAUUUAUCCUCGCCCCAGAAAAUGUCUUGAAAGUAUACAUGGCUCAAUUUCAUGCCCCUAAGGCUGCUGAGGAUGCCGCGUUGCGUUGGAAGGCCUGCUACAAUGAAGCCCUGCCCCUUGAAAAGAGAAAGCUAAUUCUAGGAACUUUGGUGAACAUUGUUGCGGCCUGCAAGAAAGAAUAAAAAAAGUCUCCUGUCAUCUAUGACGUACAAUAAUCUAAUGAAUUUCAAGAAAAUGUCAAGGUUUCAACCUCUCUUCGAA